AUGGACGACAAAAUCCUUGCGGCUUCGGCCAAGCACCCCAUUACCCCCGGCCACGCGUACAGCUACGGCACGGCCGGCUUUCGCAUGAGGGCCGACUUGCUGCCCGGCGUCUCCUUCCGCGUCGGCCUCCUCGCCAGCCUUCGCAGCCGCAAGCUUGGCGGCCAGGCCAUCGGCGUCAUGGUCACCGCCAGCCACAACCCAGCCGCCGACAACGGCGUCAAGAUUGUCGACCCAAUGGGCGAGAUGCUCGAGCAGGAGUGGGAGGCCUAUGCCACCCACCUCGUCAACUGUCCCUCUGACCAGGCCCUGCUCGACACCUACAAAGCGUUGGCCGCCCAACUCAAGAUCGACACCGGCGCUCUCGCCCGAGUCGUCUAUGGCCGCGACACUCGUCCCUCUGGCCACCGCCUCGUCGCUGCUCUCGCCGAUGCCCUGGACGCCACAAACACCGACCACACCGACUACAAGAUCCUGACAACACCCCAACUACACUAUCUGACCCGCUGCGUAAACACCGAGGGCACCCCCAAGUCGUACGGCCAUGCCAGCGAGGCCGGCUACUACCAAAAAUUCUCGGAUGCCUUUGUCCGAGCCCUGCGGGGCAGGAAGAUUCAAGGCCAGCUGACCGUCGACUGCGCCAACGGUGUGGGCGGGCCUAAGCUGUCGGAGCUGCUCAAGGUUAUCCCCAAAGAUGUCACAGGCUUCGACGUCAAAGUGGUCAACGAUGACGUCCUUCGACCCGAGGUCCUCAACCUCGAGUGCGGUGCCGACCACGUCAAGACCAAGCAGCGAGCGCCCCAGGGCCCUAAGCCGGUCCCGAGCGCCCGGUGCUGCUCCUUCGACGGGGACGCGGAUCGUCUCAUCUACUACUGGGUCGACCCCGACACGGGCUUUUUCAUGCUUGAUGGCGACCGCAUCUCGUCUCUCAACGCGUCCUUCAUCGGCGACCUUGUCCGCUCCGCCGGUCUGGAGGAUGACCUUCGCAUCGGCGUGGUCCAGACCGCCUACGCCAACGGCGCGAGCACAAGCUACAUCGAGAAGCAUCUGCAGCUCCCCGUCGUCUGCACCCCCACGGGCGUCAAGCACCUGCAUCACGCGGCCUGCCAGUUUGACAUUGGCGUCUACUUCGAGGCCAACGGCCACGGCACCGUCGUCUUCUCGCAGGAGGCGAUGCGCAUCUUCCGGGAAAAGGAGCCGCAGUCCCCCGCCCAAAAGGAUGCGCUCGAGACCCUGACGGCCGUCGGCGACCUCGUCAACCAGACCGUCGGCGACGCCAUCACCGACAUGCUCAUGGUCGAGGUGAUUCUCGCCCAUAAGGGCUGGACCCUCAAGGACUGGGCCAUGACGUACACGGACCUGCCCAACCGUCUCGUGCGUGUCGAGGUCGGUAACAAGGACCUCUUCAAGGCUACCGACGCCGAGCGCCGCCUCAGCCAUCCGCCCGGUGUGCAGGACGAGAUUGACCAGGUCGUGCGUAAGUAUACGACGGCCCGCUCCUUUGCUCGCGCCAGCGGCACCGAAAACGCGUGCCGCGUGUACGCCGAGGCGGCGACCCGGUCCGAGGCGGACGAGCUGGCGAACAAGGUGGCCCAGCUUGUGAAGCAAUUUGGGUCGUAG